AUGAUCGAUUCCGACUUCGAAUUCGCCUUCAACAUCUCUCGCCGGCUUCAAGCAAACUCCCUUACCCACUUGCUGGGUUACUCAGUUGUGCAAAUGUUGCCAUCCUCCGUUCGCCGGGCCGUGUGGACGCCCAUCGGGACUAUUUCCACCAUCUCUCGAACAUCCAGUCAAGCUCUUGCUUCGUCUUCGAAUGGUUUCUUCGGCACGACCGAGCAUGUGCGUCAACGCCGAUACUCCUCCUCUUCCUCAAAGCCCAGCGAUGGUUCAAGGAACAUCGAUGCUUCCUCUCAGACACCCGCGAAAGGCGUGAACUCUGGGGAUAAGCGUGAUGGUAAAUCUUCGAAGCGGAGGGGAAAGGAUGGCCGGAAUGGCUCCAAGUCCAAUCAGCAUGCUGCGUUUUCGAGAUUGCCCAGUGUUCCGUCAACGCAACAUCUACAGCCACACGAUGUCCAUGUGGCGUCAUUCUUUUCCAUUCAUCGACCUAUCUCCGUCUCUACCACUGUACCUCCACCUUCCAGCCCCGAAGCUUUUGAUGCCAUCUUCACCGCGAAGAAGCCCUCCAAGUCCGACCCGGCCGAUGUGAUUCUUACACUUUCCUCCGCCGUUCAUAACAUGGAGAACGCGGCGUACCUCGGCGAGCAAGAAGACCAGAUGAACAUCUUGGGUCGGGGCUUCAAUGAGACGGAGGGCCUCGAAGGAAUGAACAUGUCCGAAUUACGAAUCUCUAUCGAAGAACUCACCAAACGCCUGCGUCCCUUCCAACCCCCGCCACCUCCAGUGCCCUACGACGAGGCCAAGGAUGCCAGCGCCGCCGAAGAGACCUCCAGCUUCUCGACUGUACUGACCAUCCACGAGUCCACGCAUUCAGACGGCCGCAAGACUUACCAAGCCCACGCUUCCCCGUUCGUCCCCACGCAGGACCUGGAGGCUCCCGGAGCCGGGGAGAACGAUGCUAUAAUCGACAUGCCCCACGGUUCGGAAAACUCGUACAUCGAGCGCCUGCGCGAAAACAACACGUUGCAUGCUAUCAGCACCAGGAGACGACGCAAGCUGAAGAUGAAGAAGCACAAGUUCAAGAAGCUGCUGCGCAGGACGAGAACCCUACGACGCAAGCUAGACAAGGCUUAA